CAUGGCUUCAUCCUUCCUCUGCCUCAGCCUCCUCUUCAUCAGCCUCAGCACAGGAGAUGCAUUUCUGGAUUAUUAUGUAAACCGCUGUCAGUUUAACUCCACUGAGCUGAAAGACAUCGAGCUCAUCUUCUCUGAAUAUUACAACAAGUUGGAACUUUACAGGUUCAGCAGCAGCGUGGGGAAGUUUGUCGGAUACACUGAGUAUGGAGUGAAACAGGCAGACUACUUUAACAGUGAUCCUGCUAGGCUGGCUGCAAUGAGAGCUCAGAAGGAGACAGUCUGCCUACAGAAUAUUGUUACUGACUACCAGUCUGUUCUGUCUAAAUCAGUUCAACCCACUGUCAAACUUCACUCCAUGAUGCCUCUCUCAAGCCACCAUCCCGCCAUGUUGGUCUGCAGCGUCUAUGACUUCUACCCCACUGAGAUCAAAGUGAGCUGGCACAGAGAUGGACAGGAAGUCACCUCUGAUGUCACUUCCACUGAGGAGAUGGAGGAUGGUGAUUGGUACUACCAGGCCCACUCCCACCUGGAGUACACACCCAGGUAUGGAGAGAAAAUUUCCUGUAUGGUGGAGCACGCCAGCCUGAGGGAACCUCUGAUCACUGACUGGGACCCAUCGAUGCCUGUGUCAGAGAGGAGCAAGCUCGCCAUCGGAGCCUCAGGACUGAUCCUGGGUCUGAUCUUAUUUCUGAUUGGAUUCAUCUACUACAGGAGGAUGGCCCAAGAUCGUAUCCUGGUUCCCACUAACUGAGGCAGGUCCUGGUCCUCGUUAUUUCUGAUGUUAUAAAAGCAGCUGCUUCCUGUGUUCAGCAGUCUGACGAUGAUGAUGAUGAUGAUGAGCCUAAUUGAGGGCCAUCUCUGUGCUGUUGGUGGGUGUUGUGGCUUUACUGCGAUGGUCCUGGAUCAGAUCUAAUGUAGACUCUGCUCUUUGAUGCUUCAGUCUUCCAUGUAUCCAUGUAAUGUAAUCCAGGUGAUUUAGGUCUCUGAAUGUCUUUG